GCCUCCCCCAUACAAAAGAAUAUCUAUAAUAUAUAUAACCACACUACUAUACAUUUACACGAAUUUUAUACACAAAAUCUCAUUUUCUAAUGGCAGAAUCCGAAUUGGAAUUGAAGUCUCCACCAAACCCUAACUCCUUAAUUGUAUCAGCACCGCCCUCAACUCCACCGGAAUCACCGCCGUCGACUGCCGGCAGCAGACCGAUAUGGCUCCGGCAACGGCCAAAGAUAAGAGUAACGACUGAAUUUGACAGCGACAGCUCUGUAUUCUUCCACAGGAUUUCAUGCAAAGUGCUUGAUAGUUUUGCGAAAUUGAAGUUAUCGUUUCAGAAUAACGGUAAGGGAGAAAUAUCGGACCCGCAAUUGGCGUUAUCUACGAAGUAUUUGUCACUUCAGUAUGACAUUGAAGACAAAAAUGCUCUUGUUAACGCUUCAUUUAGUAUGGCUCCUGGUUUGCAGUUUAAAGCUGCUCAUGCUGUAAAGGCACAACAAGGAGAACUGGCAAUGGUAGCUGAUCUGGCGGGUCCAGCCUACAAGUUUGAGUUGUCAUCUGCUUAUCCAUCAAUUGGCAUGCCAAGAGCAACCCUCAAAUUUCCUCUGGGUGAAGUUUCACUACAGGAAAAAGAAGAGGAGGAAGAGGAGGAGCAAGCAAAGAGAAUACUGUCAGUGAAUGGCAUCCUCAAAGGCAACAUCCUGAAUGGAGUUUGUACUGCAAAAUAUAAGGAUGAAAGUUUGGAUCUGACAUACUGCUAUAAGGAUGAGCAAAUGGCAUUUAUUCCCAGCAUUUCAUUGCCUUCAAAUGCAAUGUCAUUUGCCUUCAAGCGUCGAUUUGGUCCUUCGGACAAGUUGAGCUACUGGUAUAAUUUGGACACGAACUACUGGAGCACAGUUUAUAAACACAAUAUUGGAAAAGACUUCAAGUUUAAAGCUGGUUAUGAUUCAGAAGUGCGACUUGGUUGGGCAUCUCUAUGGGCUGGCGAGGAAGCUGGAAAAGCGAAGACAGCUCCGAUGAAGAUGAAAGUUCAAUUUAUGCUUCAAGUACCUCAAGAUGACAUUACAUCUUCAUCUUUGAUGUUCCGUGUGAAGAAGAGGUGGGAUAUAUAAGACUCCUAUCUUACCUUGCUGUAAUGAGAUAGUAAUUGUUUACAAUGGAAAUAUGGAUGUUUCUUUAGCUGUCACAAAUUCUGAACCUUUCCUACCAAAUUCAUCCUUGUUACUUUCAUAUGCUAGCAAGUCUUCUUGUUCGCUUUUUACAAAGCAUGUAAAGCUUGAAAAUAUCUCAUGUUGCACUCAAUAAGCCCCCAUCUUUCAGCUGAAUGAGAAAUGUCAUGCUAAUUUUCCUGCCA